AUGUCUGAUAAUAAGAAAAGAAUACAAGCACUAGCUGAAGUGUUUGAAAGUGAGAGAGCAUACAUAAGGGAUAUUAAAUUCUGGGGAGUGGAUUUCAAAAAACAUAUUUUAAAUGGUAACAAACUCAAUACACAGAUGAAGUAUAUAUUAAAUAAUUUGGUAUUUUUAAAUAUGCAUGAGAUCCUCGAAAUGCAUUUAGAAAUGUUUGAUAUUAUGAAGAAAAAGAAUGUGGUAGCUGCUGAGAAAUGUGGGACUAAAACAACUAAAGAUAUGAUACAAAAAGAUGACUUUAUAUUAGCAAAAGAUGGUUCUCUUAAUGUCCCAAAAUUAGAAUAUGUGAGUUUGUUUGAAGAUUUUUUUGAGAAAAUGAAAGUUUUAUAUCUUAAGUACACUUCGGAACUUCCAAGAGCAAUUAUAGAAUUAAAAAAGGCAAUGUUUUAUAAUUCAGAAUUUGCAACUGAUGUAAAGAAAUUUUUAAAGUCAAACAAAGCUGCAUUAGGAAUAACUAAUUAUCAAAUUAGACCACCUGAUAAGGUAAUUAGGUAUCCGUUAUUAUUAAGAGCAAUUGCAAAAAGAGAACCAAAUGAAGAGCUAAAAAACAGAUAUUUGGAGAUGGCUUUAAAUCUUAAAAAUUUUGUAAAAAUAUUAGAUCAAAAUUUUAGAUUGAAAUUUCUUAGUUUGGAAAUUUAUAAUCUGAUCAAUAGAAUUAAGUUUAAAAAUGAUGUAGAUAGCUAUCCAUUAAACUUAAUAUAUAAAUCAACAAAUGUUUUAAAAGAUGUCAAACUUGUGGCUAAAACAUCGAAGUUAGAUCCAGCAUCAUUUAAACAAAUUAUGUUAUUUAAUAAUUAUAUGCUUAUAUGCACAGUAACUGAUAACCCUUUUAAAGCUUUAGAAGUUCUUACUAAACCUUUAUUUUAUUCAAAACUAACAUUAAUUAGAAAAAGAUAUAAAGAGUUUGAGAAAGCAGAAGAACUUGGAUCGUAUCAUCCAUUAUAUUUAGUUAAUAAAGAGACAAGAGAUGUUAAGUCAUUAUACUUUACCAACAUAUUUAGUCGUGAUUCAUUUCAUAAUUAUUUGAUGAAAUUGAUAGUUUCAAUUAAAUCAUGUUUAAUCGAUAAAUAUGGACUUGAACAAUACUACGAAUCAGACAAUGUAUUUAAGACUGUUUUUUAUAUAGACAAUCAAAUUGAAGAAGUUAUAAAUAUUGACAUUAAAGUAAAUGAAGAGUCAAUAAAUGUAGAUGAACUUUCAACAAUUGACAGUUCAAGUUCAGAAGAAUGGUCUGAAAUAAUAGUAAAGAAGGAAGAAACUACAGAAAUAAUAAAUGUGUUAAAUGAUGAUAACAAAAAAGGUAACUGGUGUACAAAUUGUUUUAAAAUGCCUAUAAAUAGAACUGAUGAAAUAGACGAAAGUAAUUUAAAGUUUGAUAAACCUAACUUAAGAAAACAAAUUAAUUCAAUGGAGUUGUAUUCAGUAAAAGAAGGAUUGUUUAUUAAAAAGAAUCACACACUUGAAAAAAUAAGUGAUUUUUCACCAAAGAAAAUACUUUAUGAUUCUGAUAAUCAGUUAUUGUAUUUACUGGUAAACGAUACACUUUACAUAUCUGUUUUUAAUAUGAAUAUUGAGUUGAACUUUAAGAGGGUUAAUAUUAAAGUUAAAGACAUUUUUACAGGAAAACUGAACAAUAAAGAGUGUAUUGCAAUUACUAAACAAAGUGAUUUUAAUUUUGUUUUGAUUUUUUUACUUGAAGUGGUUGCAAAAGACAACUGUAACCAGUUAAUUAUGAAUAGAAAGUUGUAUGUAGGAUAUGAUAUUUAUGAUAUUACAUUUUUAACACAAAGAAUAGUUAUUUCAUGUAAAGAUUUUAUAAACAUUGAUAUUGACAGAUUAAAAUCACAAGCAUUGCUAGAAGGCUAUGAUUUGGUUACUUCCAUAGUAUUAAAGAAUGUGGGCAUUAUGAAUGCUCGACAAAUAUUUAAAAUCAAUGAAGAAACAUUUCUUUUAUGUUUUGAUAAAACAGGAUUUUAUGUUGAUAAAUUGGGGUGUAUUAAGAACACAGAAGUGUUGUUUUCAUGGGAAGUACCUAUUAAAUAUUUUAAAAUAUACAAAGAUGUGCUUAUUUGCUUAUCUGAUCAUUACAUACAGCUCUUUAAUCUGUCAAACGGAAAACUGGUUACCCUUUUAGUAAAAAGUAAUUGCAGGUUUGUUAGUGGAACAGUGAUUCCUUAUAUAUACACGGAGAAUGUUAUUUAUAAGUUAGAAUAUCUUGAUAGUAGUGAGAAGAAAUCAAUGGAAUCUAUAAAUAAUGAUCUUAAUUAUUAUAGUAGUCAGAAUCAAGAGUUGGUUAAUGAGUAUUAUUUAAAAGAAGUGUCAAAUCAAGAUUGGUUUAAUUCAAUAUUUGAUUGGUAUGCCGACAACCUUACUAACAUCAUAUGUGAGCCUAUUCAAAGUGUAUUAGACUUGUAUUUACAUGAUGAUAGUCAUGAAUUCAGUGAAAGUAGUAUAAUUACAGAUAUUAUAGAUCAGUAUAAAAUUGAAUAUAAAAAUACAAAAAUAGUCAGGUUAAAAUUAAUUGAUAGAAAAAAAAGUUAG